AUGAAUCCAGUCCAAACAGUUUCAUCUGAAGAGUUAGAACUUCUUAAGGUCGCAGAUACGCCCACAAUUUGUAACGUUAUCGAACUGUUUGAUGUACUUCCGCGCAACACCGGCUAUAUGGAUGCCCGUAUCCAAGCCUGUUUCCCCGAAAUGCCACCGAUGGUCGGCUAUGCAACAACAGCGACGCUUUCUACUGGUAAUCCGCACGUGAGGGGGAUACCUACGCCGGUAUGGAUGGACAACUUGCACAGCUGGAUUCAAUUCCUGAACCCCGCGUUGUUGUCUUCCAAGAUCUCGAUGUCCCGUCUGCCGCGGCGACAUUUCGGCGAAGUGAUGUGCAUGACCUACCAGACCUUUGGCUGCGCAGGGCUCAUCACGAGUGGCACCGGACGAGAUUUGGACCAAGUAAGGGAGAUCAAUUUCCCCACCUUCACGGACGGGACUAUCUGCUCUCACGGCUACCACCAAAUUACCGACAUAAACGUCCCGGUGCAUGUCGGCGGGAUCACGGUGUAUCCUGGGGACUUGAUACAUGGGGAUUGCAACGGUGUAACAACAAUUCCGAAUCAUAUUGCCGGCAGCGUUGCCCGUCUGUGCGCUGAAUAUAUGGAAGCCGAAGGCUAUGUGCUUGACUUCCUGAAGACCGGCAAGCGCGAUUUGGAGGGGUUGCAAGCAGCGCGCGCCGCGUGCGCUGAGAAGUUUGCUGAACUCCAAAAACAUCUGGUUCGGGGGCUUGAGCAUGAAAUCAGACUUAUCGGCGGACAGAGUUAUCGACUGACAAGGACAACGCUCAAUCAGACGGACGUAGAUCUGGUUUAUGUGCUACCUUGCGACGAACAGGAUACGUUGAAACAACUUGAAGCAGAACGGUUGGUUAUUAAUUCGAUACGAGCGCAGGAGAUCGCCAUUGAUAAAAUAGCGACCUCUCGGCUUAUGGUCGAAAACAACCUGCCAACACCUGAAACGAUUAUCUCACAGACCCCCGAUGCAGUGGUGGAGAUGUUGGACCGUUACGGGAUCGCUCUAUUGAAAUCGACAAACCUAUGUGGCGGUGUGGGACAUCGGAUUCUACGGCGUGAGGGAGGAACGAUAACGACACGGCGGCGAGAUCAGACCUAUCAGGUCGCUUUUGGGGCACGCAACCGCCUCCUCGAUCAGACGCUCGUGCUUGCACCGCCUUACUAUGUGCAACGGUUCAUCGGCACGACAGCACAAACCAACGACCGCGUCUAUCGCAUGUAUGUCGUCGGGGGUAGCGUCGUUAUGGGUACAAUGCGCGUGAAGGAGGACGUUGAUACACCUGAAAAGUCAAUUAUCAACGUUGCAACGGGAGCGCGUUACGAAUUUUUACAAACCCUUGAUGAGGAGAUGGUAUCAUUCGCCCUGCGUUUGGCGGAUCUGAUCGGGUUUGAGAUUGGUGUUGUUGACUUCUUACGCGAUUCAGCCGGACAUCCACUACUCAUCGAAGCCGAUUGCGAUGGCUGCCAUCUGUUCAUCUGUCGAAAAUUCCAAGAGGCACACGGAUAC